CGAUGGGUUAACUGUGGCAAUUUCUCACUGUUCUGCUCUUGGAUCAUACGCCCUCUAGUGGCAAACCGUUCUCACUCGGCAAUGGCAGUCUUUGCUCAGCACUUUUCCCUGAACUCAAAUAAACUGGUGUAUUAGUAUGAAAUGCGGAUUUAUGCAAUAUGAUGAAAUAACAUGUGCUUUCGGCCAUAAAACCACAGGACUGUAUAGCGCCAAGGCUCUUGAUAACAUCCAAGGCCAUAACUCACACUUUUACAGCUGAAGUAUGCUUUAUGGACUUGAUCACAGUCAAAGGCUAAAGUUCUGUCUGGAUAGACUGCCAUUUAAACCUAUGCAGAGUCCUCAGCUCCAAGCAUUUCCACAAUGGGUUUGCUCCAGCUUCUUGUCCUCAUAGCACUGGUUGCAGUGCCUAAUUCAUAUGCUAUUCCCCUCUCAUUCCAAAAGAAUGAAGUGUAUGAAGCUGAAAAUGACAUGCUUGAAAACCCAUACCUAAACUUGGGGGCAAAGACUCGAUUGAUUGAAGGGGACAUGGCCUUACCACCCGGACGUAAUGCGCUCAGUGACACAGCGUACAGAUGGAAAUUUCCUAUACCUUACAUUCUGGCUGACAGCCUUGAUUUGAAUGCCAAAGGUGCCAUCUUCCAAGCAUUUGAAAUGUACCGUCUGAAAUCUUGCGUCGAUUUCAAGCCAUACAAUGGGGAGAAGACGUAUAUCAAGUUCGAAAAAUUUGACGGGUGCUGGUCUAUGGUUGGAGACCAGCAGACAGGCCAGACGUUGUCGCUGGGAAGUGGAUGCGACCACAAGGCUGUGAUCGAGCACGAGCUGCUGCAUGCUCUGGGUUUUUACCACGAGCAGUCCCGCACCGACCGCGAUGACUACGUGGAUAUCUGGCUCGACCAGGUCAUUCCAGGCAUGGAGCACAAUUUCAAUAAGUACGAUGACACCUUUAUUACUGACCAGAACACUCCUUACGAUUAUGAGUCUAUUAUGCAUUACCGUCCAUACUCCUUUAACAAGAACGACAGCAUCCCAACAAUCACCACGAAGAUCGAGGCGUUCAACAACAUUAUUGGCCAGUAUUUGGACUUCAGCAGCCUCGAUGUACUCAGGCUAAACAGGAUGUAUAAUUGCUCGUCUCCUCUCACGCUAUUGGACCAGUGCACCUUUGAGUACAUCAACAUCUGUGGCAUGAUCCAGGGCUCCAGCGACGACGCCGACUGGGUUCACACCUUGGGCACGCCUGGGUCAGAGGACCACACCCUGACCGGACGCUGUGGGGAUGCAGGGUUCUUCAUGCAUUUCGACACUCAGACUGGAAAGGCAGGAGAGUCUGCUGUGCUGGAGUCCCGGAUUCUCUACCCCAGGAGGGAGCUGCAGUGCCUGCAGUUUUUCUACAGGAUGACAGGGAGCCCGAAGGACAGGCUUGUGAUCUGGGUGAAGACGGAUGAUGGGACCGGGCAAGUCCGAAAGCUGAAGAAGAUUCACACAUUCUGGGCGGACGACGACAGAGAUUGGAAAAUCGCCCACGUGCCCCUGGAGGCGGGCGCGAAGUUCCGCUACACCUUCCAGGGCGUCCGCGGCGACCCGGGCCAAUCCGGCGGCGGGAUAUCCGUCGACGACAUCAGCCUGUCGGAGACCCGCUGCCCCGCCGCGGCCUGGCAGAUCCGCAACUUCUCCAGCGUGCUGCAGAACGCGGACGAGAGCACGGCCCUCCUCAGCCCGAGGUUCUACAGCCCCGAGGGGUACGGCUUCGGGGUCACCCUCCGGCCGCGGUCCACCUACGCCGACUACACGGGCGGCUACGCCGCGCUCUACUUCCACCUGGCCAGCGGCGAGAACGACGGCGUGCUGCAGUGGCCCGCCGUGGACCGGCAGGCCACCCUGACGGUCAUGGACCAGGACCCCGACAUCAGGCUGAGGAUGUCUUCAGCACGCAGCCUGACCACCGACUGGAUGACCACUUCUGACGGCAAGCUGUUCUGGGACAACCCUGCGGUGACGGGAACCUAUGAUGCUGGCUGUCAGUGUUUCAGAGGGAACUCGUGGGGCUGGCGCAAUUUCAUAAAGCACUUUGACCUGCGCAGGCGGAAUUACUUGAAAAAUGAUGACCUCAUUAUCUUCGUUGACUUUGAAGAUCUGACGCCCCUGAUCAAGACGGAAGUUCCUGUCAGUCCAACGGAAUGAAUCCAUUGAUGAAUUUCACAACCAGUGAAAAUAAAAAUGAUGGCCUGUGGGUUUCCUUAUUACUGAAGAAAUGUUGGAAAAUGAUGGAAACAUGAACCCCUGCACAAAAGAGGAAUUCACCAGCAAAUUUCAUAAUUUGUUUGCAUUUUGUAUUUAUGUUGCCUGGUCUACCAAAUUCUCAGGCCUUUUUAAAAGCCAGAUGAAUGACAGACACAUUCCUUGGGGAUGCCACAUUUUGUCAUAACUUUGUUUGUCCAUUUAAUAAAAUUGGAUACGUUUUCUUACUUUUGUUAGUGUGAAUGGAUUCUCCAUUUAAUUUAAAAUGUGUUCAUUACAUGAAUGUACACUGGCAUCAAGUUCCUUACAAUCACAAUAAAAUUUUGUUUUUAUUUUCAAAAUAUUUUCAUGUAAGAUGUUAAUAUGAAGAAAGUAAUUUCUGGUUUCUCAAAAGAAAAAGCACACCUCAAUAGUUUUUUCACAAUAUUUUGCUCAGUACCUUCAGCUGUGUAACUGGAAAUGGAAACCCAGGGCAAGACAACAUAAAAAGUAGUGUCAGGUUAAGCAUUUGAUUUGAUCAUGAUCCUCUUAAGAUGUAUGUUUUUUAGAAACAGAAGUGAUUUAUGUGAAUGUGGUGUACUAAUAAUUAUCUCCAAAUGAGAUAUAGGGACAUAGAUGACUGAACAAACCAUUGUGUCAAUCUUUGUAAUCAUGUAGCUGCCUGUAGAAAUGAAAACACUGUUGUUGCCUGUAAAUAUUGAAUGGCUUAAUUUUCUAUUUAAAAAUGUUCUACUGUA